AAAGAGGAAGAGUUGACUUCUUUUCAUACUCAGGCAUAGUUUUUAGUUUUAUUGUAGAAAAAGUAAAUUUUCUAGCUUAAUUUAUUCAGUAAAAAGUAUUUUUAAGUGUAUUGUCUAGUUGUCUUAGGAACUUAAACGAGGAUGGCCGAUUUUUUGGAGUCUGAGGCGGAGGAAAGCGAGUUGGAUUCUGAAGAGGACGAGGGCCCGACGGAGCGUAAGAAGCCGAAGCGCAAAGCUGCCGUGCAGAGUGACGACGAAGAUGAAGACGAGGAGGAUGAUGAAGAUCGUCUUCGCGAAGAAUUAAAAGAUUUGAUAGAUGACGCUCCUAUAGAGGAGUCCGGGAGUGAUGGCGAGGAUUCGGAUGCUAGUGCAGGACCAAAGAAAAGAAAGAAAAGUGAUGACGAACUAGAUGACCGAUUGGAGGAUGAGGAUUAUGACCUUAUUGAGGAGAAUCUUGGUGUCAAAGUUGCUAGGAAUAAGUUCAAGCGUCUCCGCCGGCUGGAAGAUGAUGACAGUGAUAAUGAUGGUGCUGAUGACCCUCAGCUUGAGAGAGAGGUCAUUGCGGAGUCACUGUUCGUGGGAGGAUCAGAUGAGCAAGAUGAAGACCACCACUCAGAGUCGGCCGCCCCUCGCGAGGUGGAGUAUGAUGAUGAGGCGGAAGAUGAAUCUGAUGCUGACGACUUCAUUGUAGACGACGACGGGAAACCCAUUAAGAAAAAGACACGCAGGAAACCUAUAUUCACUGAUGCGUCUCUCCAAGAGGGGCAGGAUAUAUUCGGCGUGGACUUCGAUUACGAUGAGUUUGAGAAGUAUGGUGAGGAAGAUUAUGAAGAUGAAGAAGAUGAGGAUGAGUACCUGGAAGACGAUGAAGAAGAAGAAGGCGAAAGACGAAGAACCAAGAAGGGCAAACCGAAACGACCAAGCAAGAAGUCUAUUUUCGAAAUUUAUGAGCCAAGUGAGUUGAAGAGGAGUCACUUCACAGACUUGGACAAUGAGAUACGCAAAACAGACGUGCCAGAGCGGAUGCAAAUCCGCGAGGUUCCGAUCACUCCCGUGGAGGAAGGAAGCACGGAGUUGGAGGACGAAGCGGAGUGGAUAUACAAGCAGGCGUUCCUCAAGGCGCCCGUCUCCAAGGCCGACUCGCAGGAGGCCCGGGAGAGGUCGCGCAGAGGUUCAAGCACGGUGGUGAAGAUCCGCCAAGCGCUGGACUUCAUGCGCAACCAGACACUGGAAGUGCCCUUCAUAGCGUUCUACCGCAAGGAGUACGUCCAGCCAGAACUCAGCAUCAACGACUUGUGGAAGGUCUACAAGUAUGACGCUAAGUGGUGCCAAUUGAAGCAGAGGAAGGAGAAUCUGCUGAAACUGUUGGAGAACAUGCGAGAGUUCCAGCUGGACAAACUGAUGGUCAACCCUGAUGCUCCUAUUCCUGAGAACAUGCGGCUUAUUAAGGAUGAGGAUAUUGAGAGGUUGAAGAAUGUACAAACGUCAGAAGAGCUACGCGAUGUACACACUCACUUUCUGCUGUAUUACUCCACGGAGUUACCAGAGAUGCAGAAAGUUCAGCGUGCUAAAGAGAAGAAGAAGGAAUUAGAGGACAAAAAGAAAGCGGCUCGUGAGGAAGCGGAGAAGAACGGUGAGGACCCUGAAGAGGCGGUGGCGGCGGUGGAGGCGGCAGAGCCCGAGGAGGAAGAACCUACUGAGGUCAAGUACGCCGUGCGCUCCGGCCCCUACGAGCUGUGUCGGAAGGCUGGGAUCGAGCCGCUAGUGAAGAUGUUCGGGUUGACUCCCGAGCAGUUCGCGGAGAAUGUUCGAGACAACUACCAGCGACACGAGGUGGAGCAGCCCGCUGUGCCGCCGCUAGAAGCCGCUGCGCCUUUCGCGGGCGCGAUGGGGUCGGCGCAGGAGGUGCUGCGCCGCGCCGUGUACAUGUGCGGCGUGCAGCUGGCCCGCGAGCCGCAGCUGCGCGCCACGCUGCGGGACGCGCUGCGCGAGCGCGCCUCCAUCAGUGUGCGGCCCACCGCGCGCGGCGUCAAGGACAUCGACGAGAACCACGCCUGCUUCGGACUAAAAUAUCUAAAGAAGAAGCCAGUCCGUGACCUGACUGGCGAGCAGUUCCUCAAGCUGACGAUGGCUGCGGAAGACAAGCUGCUAGAGUUGUCCAUCAGCGAGCAGAUCGAGGGCAACACUAGCUCCAGCUACUUGGAAGAACUCAAGCAGUUGUAUCAAAAGGAUGAAUUUGCGGCGACAGUACAAGCGUGGAACGAACUGCGCGCGGAGGCGGUCACCAUAGCGCUCACUAAGAUCGUAAUGCCAGAGUUGAGGCGCGAACUGAAUGCUGUGCUACUGCAGGAGUCCAAGGAAUAUGUUCUCAAGUGCUGCCGUCGUCGCCUCUAUGACUGGCUGAAGGUGGCGCCGUACGAAUCAAGGGUGUCUGAUGAUGACGACGACGAGUGGGAUACUUCCAAUGGUCUACGCGUGCUAUCGAUAGCGUACGUCCCGGACCGAGCGCACUCCGCGUUCGCGUGCGUGGUGGCGGGCGGCGGCGAGGUGGUGGACCACCUGCGGCUGCCGCACCUGCUGUACCGCCGCAACGCCUGGGACCACAUGGAGAGGACCAACAAGGAAGCCGACAUGACUGCCUUGAGACGCUUCAUCCUCCGCAAGAAGCCUCACGUGGUGGUGAUCGGCGGCGAGUCGCGUGAGGCCCUCAACAUCAAAGCGGACGUGGCAGACUGCAUACAACAGCUUAUUGAAGACGAACAAUUCCCCAGGAUACCCGUCGAGAUUGCAGACAAUCAUAUCAGCAAGAUUUACAGUAACAGCAUACGGGGACGGAACGAUUUCAGAGAAUACCCCGACAUCCUUCGCCAAGCGAUUUGUCAAGGGCGCCUGUUACAAGAUCCUCUGAUGGAAAUAUCCCAGCUUUGCGGUCCCGAUGAGGAGAUCCUAUGUCUUCGAUACCACCCCCUCCAAGACCAGAUAGCUAAGGAAGAUUUACUUGAUGGAAUAGAGCUAGAAUUCGUCAAUAGAGUCAACGAAGUCGGUGUAGACGUCAACGAAGCAAUACUCACUGGCAGAGGAACAGAACUACUCCAAUUCGUAUGCGGUUUAGGUCCUAGAAAAGCUCAAGCGUUGAUAAAACUUUUCAAGCAAACCAAUCAGAAGUUAGAAAAUAGGACACAGUUAGUUACAGUCUGUCAUAUGGGGCCGAAAGUCUUCAUCAACUGCUCAGGUUUUAUCAAAAUAGACACCAGUAGUCUAGGCGACAGUACUGAAGCGUACAUAGAAGUAUUGGACGGAUCCCGAGUGCAUCCGGAAACGUACGAAUGGGCGCGCAAGAUGGCCGUCGACGCUCUAGAAUACGAAGACGAAGAUGCAAAUCCUGCUGGGGCUUUGGAAGAAAUUCUCGAAGCUCCUGAAAGACUCAAGGAUCUCGACUUAGAUGCGUUUGCUGAAGAAUUGGAAAGACAAGGCUUUGGUAACAAGAGCAUAACGUUGUACGAUAUCCGUGCGGAAUUGAACUCUAGAUACAAGGAUCUUAGAGUGCCAUAUCGGUCACCAACGCCUGAAGAAUUGUUUGAUAUUCUAACCAAAGAAUCGCCAGAGACCUUCUUUGUAGGGAAGAUGGUACUGGCUUCGGUUAUAGGUAUAACGCAUAGGAAGCCUCAAAGGGAAAUGUUGGACCAGGCGAAUCCCGUGAGGAACGAUGAAACUGGUUUAUGGGAGUGCCCGUUCUGUCAUAAGAAUGAUUUCCCAGAGUUGUCUGAGGUAUGGAACCACUUCGACGCGGGCGCAUGUCCGGGGCAAGCGACAGGCGUGCGUAUCCGACUGGACAACGGUCUGUCCGGAUAUAUACACAUAAAGAACCUCUCCGACCGACACGUAGCAGACCCCACGGAGCGCGUCCGGAUCGGACAAACGGUGCACUGCAGGGUACUCAAGAUAGACGUCGAACGAUUCUCUGUGGAUUGCUCGUCAAAGUCUUCUGAUCUGCUGGAUAAGAAUAAAGAGUGGAGACCACCUAAAGACCCGUACUACGAUCAGGAAUCAGAAGACAAGGACAUUCGCAAGGACACGGAGGCCAAGGCGACUAAGGAGCGUUUACAGUACGUGAAGCGAGUGAUAGUGCAUCCGGCGUUCCAUAACAUAUCCUUCGCCGAGGCUGAGAAGCUGAUGGAGAACAUGGCGCAGGGGGAGGUCAUUGUCCGGCCUAGUAGUAAGGGUUCGGAUCAUCUCACAGUAACGUGGAAGGUUGCCGAAGGUAUCUGCCAGCACAUCGAUGUUCGAGAAGAAGGAAAAGAAAACGCAUUUUCGUUAGGACGAAGUCUCUGGAUUCAAGGCUCAGAAUUCGAAGACUUAGAUGAAAUCAUCGCGCGUUACGUCACACCGAUGGCGGGCCACGCGCGGGACCUCAUAGCUUACAAGUACUACAAACCCCUCGGCGGUAUGAGGGACAAAGCCGAAGAGUGGCUCAAGGAGGAGAAGGCCAAAAACCCUAACAAAAUCCACUACAUAUUCAGCGCAGCCAAAAAUCACCCUGGAAGAUUUCUACUGUCAUACUUACCUCGUUCAAGAUGUACGCACGAAUAUGUUUCAGUCACACCAGACGGUUAUAAGUUCAGGCAGAGAAUGUUCGAUUCUUUAGGCGGUUUGUUGAAAUGGUUCAAAGAGCAUUUCCGGGAUCCGCCGCCUUCGGGGACGCCGGUACAGCGCACACCAGCACUGCGGACGCCGCAUGGGAUGACGUCCAUGUACCACACUCCCGCUGCUCACACUCCGGCCUUCCAUACUCCGGCACACACUCCCGGGCCGGCGUAUAUAAAUACUCCCUAUACGCCGUCUGCUCAGACGCCGUACAUGACACCGUUCGCGACGACGCCCCGGCAGCCGGACUUCCUGGCGCCGGCCGUGCCGCGGCACAAGCCCGUGCCGAUGCAGGUGCCGGUGUACACGGAGCCCGCAGACUGGCAGAAGGCGGCUGAGGACUGGGUGCGGCAUAGGGGCGGCGGCCGCGACACGCCCGCCACGCCGCGCAGCAGCGAAGGCAUGUCAACGCCGCGGCAAUCGAGCCGUACACCCCGCAUGGACUCGCGCAGCACGCCGCGGCACGAGUCCAGACGGCACGAGUCGCGCCACGACCGGCACGAGCGCCACGAGCGGCACGAGUCGCGCGAGUCCCGCCACGAGUCCCGCGGCACCCCCCACGCGCACUCCGGCCGCUCGUCCCGCGCUCACUCCGUCCGCUCCACGCCUCACACUAACACCAGCCCAAGGUCGAUGUCUCUAGGAGACGCCACGCCGCUCUACGACGAAAACUAGACUGAUUCACUAGAAUGAAUAUGGAUGCUAUUUUUAUUUUUGUACGUAAAAGGUGCCGCUUCGUUCUAGACUGGAAACGUAAGGAGGAAAUUCGUUCGAAAAUCAGUUGAUUACACAUUGCCUGUCGUGUCGCGUACAGCAAAAACAGUUCUUGUUCCUGAUUCUUUUAUAUAACAUUUUCUUCUUUUCUGUUCCACAAACUGAAUGUACAUUUGCAUUUUUUUUUUAUUUACAACACACUUGGAAGUAGCAUCUGUAUGCGUACCAAAGGUACGUUACGUACGAACAUGCGUACGUUUCCUGCGUACGUUUCAUGCGUACGUUUCAUGCAUACGUUUCAUGCGUGCGUUUCAUGCGUGUGUUUCAUGCGUAAAUUUAAUACGUAUUCGACGUACAUUAUUCAUUCAAUGUGGUACUUAUGGUUGAAAGUCGAACGCGAAGCGAAGUCACCAGUACUCCAAGAUGAAGGAAAGGAAGAGAAACCUCGAUAAUGACACUAGACACUCAUAUGACUUAUUUAUAAUAUUAAAAGUGUGUCCUUUGCUAAUAAAUUAUGUAAUUUGCUCAAGUUCUUUACUCUGAUUUAACUGUUUUCACUUCUAAUAUUUCUUAAUAAAGUAUUUUACAACAAAAAGUCGAUUGUCAUUGUUUAUUAGCAAGGGUUCUUUAAAAAUAGGCUUAGGUUCAUAUUUUCUUACAUUGUUAGUUUUCCUACUUUUCUGUAGAUACUUUCACUUGUUACUACAAGUUAUCGGGACCUUUCUGUUUUUACCAUUGUAAAAUAGUCUCUAAAUAAAUUAUUUUAACGUUACUUCUCUAAUCAUGGAUUUCACUUCAAUGAGCAAAAGAUUUUCAUGAAAUGUUUUAAUAGUUAUAAAAGUCAGCUACUGCAGACUGUAUAUAAAUAAAUUAAAUAUAUAUUCUAUAGCUGUUGCCGUUUCUGCUUCCAGAUAGUGUUCGAAAACUGGCAUUUUGUUACUAAAUUACAUACAUUGUAUUAGCUACAUUUAUCUAUUACCAAGUAACAGUGAUAUGUAAGAAUAUUAUUUAGUAAUAUUACAGUUGUUUCAAGGAUAUUUCUGUAGCCUUAGACGUAAGGCUUGACUCUUGACAUUACGCGACAGAAAUGGCUUCAAUUUUAUUGUAACAGUUUAUGCGUUUACUUACCUAUUCGUGUUGGUAUUGAUGUACUAUAUUAUGUACUAUGUUAUGUGCUAAUUACAUAAGAGAGAUUUUUUGAAAAGGUUUGAGUUCUCAGUAGGAAAUAAUAUUGUUUGAAAACAUCAAAGCAAUAUGUUAGUUGCUAAUAAUGUGGCUACAACGGUAUACAUGUUGUUUGUUAAGCUUCUAAAGAAUUUGAUUAAGAUUCAAUAUGACAAAUUAUUAUGAUCUCAAGAUGAAGAUUAUCUUGAACAUCAACUUUUGAAAGGAAAAGGAUAUUUUUCUGUCUAGAUUUUUUAAACAGUCUCAUGUUAAAAGUAUUGUAAGCAUGUUGUUAUAUUAUUUACUAUGGUCAUAUGCUUUCGGAAUCCUACAGACAUGGUUAGUGACUCGAUGGUUUAGCUAAUUACCUAUAUAAAUAAUUUAUCACAGCCGUUCUUUUCGGAAAUAACGUAAUUGAAAUAAAAUUAUGACAAUC